UAAAAGUAUUUCUUCAUGAGCCUCGUACUACAUGUAAGGGCAAUUUGAAAAUGCAUUCUGAAAUUUCUGAGAUUCUUCAUAGAAUUUCAGACUUGAUUUCUUCUAUUUUUGUGUUCUACUGUUCAUUAUAAACCAAAUAUUUCCAUAGUGACAAUGGAAGCCCCUUCGGUCCCACUUAGCUGUAUAAAUGUAUGUCCUCGCACUGUUUGCAUCGCUGUGAAAUACCCUAACCUGACUUUCUGUUAUGCGGAGUUGACAGUAAACAGCUUGUGGUUCGUACCACAACAUCAGGUCUUCAUCCGCACACAGCUGUGUGAGCUCGGGCCCAGGGUACUGGUGUUGAGACACACGACGCCACCCAUCUUGCUGAAAUGACUUGACAGUAGAAGACAGCGUCCACAGCUCAGCAAAGUUCUCCGUUCCAGGGUUACCAGCAGAGACCUCGCUGAUCAAUAAAGGGCUCCGGAGGGCAAGCGUGUGUUUGUUUCUGUGAGCAGACCUCUGGAGAGCAGCAGCUUCUUCUCGUCAACCUCUUGGACACUGCGAGACAUGAGGAAGCGGUUGAUCCAGAUCUUCGGCUUUCUCCUCGUCACUCUGGGCUGGUUCUUCGUCUCCUGCACCAUGGCCAUGAACAACUGGAGGAUAUCACAGAUUGGAGGCUUAGGAGGUCAGUAUGUCAUCAAGGUGGGCUGGUACUGGUCCAACCUGUGGAAGGACUGCUUCGUUGACUCCACCGACGUGACCAACUGCAGGAACUACGGGGUGCUGUGGCCUGCAUCAUCAUACAUCCAGGGGGUGCGUGGGCUGCUGCUGACAGGCUUGGCCCUGGGGUUCUGCGGCACCAUACUGGCUUUCGUGGGAAUGGAGUGCACCAACAUUGGCAGCAGCCCCAAGACCAACGACAGAAUCCUCUUCAUCGCUGCCGUGUUCCACUUUGUUGGAGGCGUGUCUGACACCGCUGGGUACUGUUUAUACAUCAACCAGAUUGUGAUCACAGCCUUUAACACCAAUUUUGACCCCUACGCUCUGCAAUACGUUAUCGGGGCUCCUUUGUUCCUCGGACUGGUGGGGAGUUUUUUCAUUGUUUUAGGAUCCGUUCUGUAUGCUGUUACUGUAUUCAGAUCCAUCAGCAGGAAAAGCGGAAGGGUCCACAUCUACGAGUCGAGGACAUACGCCACGCCACGCUCCAGGGGCAGAACUCUGUACUCUGGAUAUUACAUGCAGUCAAGGCCAUCACAAUUUUCCCAGUAUUCCAGACCGUACAGGAAUUCCACAUAUUCAGGGAAGUCCAGAAGCUCCAAAAUCUCUCAGUUCUCCUCUGUUUCCCGGAUUGAGGACAAGAAGAUGCUGGACAGAGACACUUUUGUAUAGCCGGAGUUGGUGAAAUGGAUGAAUGAGCUUAGAGAGUGAGCUCCUGUUCAAAUCUGUCACUUGGUCCACCAUUGUGUCGAGGGUGAGGAUGAAGCUCUUACGGUGCCUUGUUGGCAUUUAGACUUGUAUC